CCGACUUUUCUUUUCGAAAAAAGAGGUGGCUGAAAACAGCCUCAUCCCUCAAAAUAAACACAAAAAUACUUGGAAAAAAGGGGAAAUAAAUCAGAAAAUUUUGAUUCCUGGAGCUUUUACUCCGCAUACAGGGUGUUUGAAGGGUUUAGCUCGGAUUUCUUAAUUAUUGGGAAGUUAAUUGAAUAUUUGUGUUAUCACACUGAAGAAGUGUGAACAGAUUUAAUUGAGAGAAAUGGGGUUUGCUUUGUUUUCGCCUUCGAAGGAGAUUUCAUUUUCUAGCUUAGAGAGCAUUUCUCAGAACAAGAGCUCGAAACAUGUUUUUCCCAAGACAUUCAGUAGACUUGGUGAGCUGAAUAGAGAGGAAAGAGGUGAUGGGGUUGUGAAGAAGGGGUCCGUGUCGAGCCAUUUGGUGAGGGGGCACUUGGAAGGGUCGUUUGUCGGCAAGAAGCAGCUCAAAGAGCCAUCGAUGAAGCUGGAUUUUGUGCGGACGUUGCUGAUUGAUAAUUACGAUAGCUACACGUAUAAUAUUUAUCAGGAGCUAUCUGUCAUCAAUGGAUUGCCUCCGGUGGUCAUCCGUAAUGAUGAAUGGUCGUGGGAAGAAGUUUGCCAUUACCUGUACGAGGAAAAGCUAUUUGACAACAUCGUGAUAUCUCCUGGUCCAGGUUCUCCAACCUGUGCAGCCGAUAUAGGAAUAUGCCUCAAGCUGCUGCUUGAAUGCACAGACAUCCCAAUUCUAGGUGUUUGCCUCGGCCAUCAGGCUUUAGGUUACGUGCAUGGUGCUCGGAUCAUCCAUGCUCCCGAGCCUAUUCAUGGACGACUAAGUGACGUUGAGCAUGAUGCUUGCGAAUUGUUCAAUGGGAUUCCUUCUGGACGAAAUUCAGGAUUUAAGGUGGUGCGAUACCAUUCUCUUGUGAUAGACCCGAGCUCACUUCCCAAAGAUCUCAUACCUAUAGCCUGGACAUCAUCUCAUGAAACAAUUCCAUUUCUUGAUGGUUUUGAGGGUCAAGGUGACCUGAACACUUUUGCUAAAUCUUUAUCUACAAAGUUCGACAAUGGUUUGCAUCGGCAUCCUGCCAAAUCACAGGAGUUGCGGACUAGAGAUAUUCUUAUGGGUAUUAUGCACUGUAGUCGACCUCAUUACGGCCUUCAGUUUCAUCCAGAGAGCGUUGCUACAUACCAUGGAAGGCAAAUAUUCAAGAAUUUUGCGGAGAUCACGAAAGACCAUUGGUCCCGAUUGCAAUCAUCCUCAGAUAGCAUGAGGGACUUUUAUCGUUCUGCGCGUAUGCAGGUUUCUGCCGUAAAUCAACUAUUCCAAGAAGUUGCGAGAAGCAAGCCUUUAAUGAAUGGAUUUGAUAACCUGAAGCAUGCCGGCCUCUGCAACUUAAUGAAGUCACCACCAAACUCGAGAUUUGCAAAAUAUUUGAAAUUGAAAUGGAGAAAACUCGAGUGUUCUGCCAACCAAGUUGGUGGUUCAGGAAGCAUAUUCUCCGAGCUGUUUGGAAGCCAUCGUGCAGAAAACACGUUUUGGCUGGAUAGUUCCUCGACUGAGAUGAACAGAGCUCGCUUUUCGUUUAUGGGAGGCAAAGGUGGACCACUGUGGAAACAAGUGACGUUUAGGCUUUCGAAUAAGUGUUGCAGUAACACGACAUCUGGUCACGGAGGCUAUCUUUCAGUUGGAGAUUACAAUGGAUCUGUUACAAACACUUAUUUGCAGAAGGGAUUUUUCGACUUUUUGAAUCAGGAGCUCGAAUCAAUUUGCUAUGAUGCAGCCGAUUUCGAUGGACUUCCUUUCGAUUUCUAUGGUGGCUAUAUUGGUUACAUCGGGUACAAUCUUAAAGUCGAAUGCGGUGCGUCUCUGAAUAGCCACGAGUCAAGCACCCCCGAUGCCUGCCUUUUCUUCGCAGACAACCUUGUCGUGAUAGAUCAUCACUAUGAUGAUGUUUAUGUCAUGUCCUUGCACGAUGAUGACACGGGCAUGACUUCAUGGAUGGAUGAGGUCGAGCAGAAGUUGCUCGACAUGAAACCCCAUGGCCCGAGAAAGCCCCUCUCUGUUGCAUCUGCAGAUGUCUCCCCAACACAAGGAUUCUCCGCUGAGAAAUCGAGGCAGCAGUACAUCGCAGACGUCGAGGAAUGCCAGAAGUUCAUCAGAGACGGCGAGAGCUACGAGCUGUGUCUCACUACGCAGAUGAGGAGGAGUGUUGGCGAGCUGCAUUCCCUCGCGCUUUAUCUGGAGAUGCGCGAGAAAAAUCCGGCUCCCUACGCGGCGUGGCUCAGCUUCCCCAGAGAAAACCUGUGCAUCUGCUGUUCAUCGCCCGAGAGGUUCCUGCGUUUGGAUAGGGACGGCGUGGUGGAGGCGAAGCCGAUCAAGGGAACCGUAGCUCGCGGAGCCUCUCCGGAAGCGGACGAGCUGCUCAAGCAACGGCUGCAGUACAGCGAGAAGGACCAGGCCGAAAACCUGAUGAUUGUGGAUCUUCUGAGGAACGAUUUGGGGCGCGUGUGUGAGCCUGGCUCCGUGCACGUGCCUCAUCUCAUGGAGGUCGAGUCCUACACAACUGUCCACACGAUGGUGAGCACGAUACGAGGGCAGAAACGGCCGGACGCCAGCGCGGUCGACUGCGUCCGUGCUGCGUUCCCAGGGGGCUCGAUGACAGGUGCACCGAAGCUGAGAUCGAUGGAGAUUCUCGACUCCUUGGAAACCAGCUCCCGGGGCGUUUACUCCGGGUGCAUAGGAUACUUCUCUUACAACCAGACGUUCGACCUCAACAUUGUCAUCAGAAGCGUCGUCAUCCACGAAGGCGAGGCCUCCAUAGGAGCCGGAGGUGCCAUCACGGCUCUGUCGAAUCCGGCCGACGAGUACGAGGAAAUGGUGCUAAAAACCAGAGCACCAACCAAAGCUGUUUUAGAGUAUCAGAGCAGCAUUCUCUCCAUAGAUGAUGAGACAUAACCGAGUAUCCAUCAUGUGAUCGGUGAUCCGAUGGCCCGUGGAUCUCAGCUCUCUUUUACCCGUUUUUCGUCCGUGUUGCUUCACAUAUAUCGUAGGAGAAAUUAGUGAGACUCGAACCCGAAACCUUUGAUUUUCGAAAUUCACUCAAUCGUUAUACUCCCGUUCCAAUGGGAUUCAACAGUGUAAUUCAAUUGACUUCGGUUUAACUAUCACCCCUUCCGUUAUUAAUGAUUCCUUUUUUUAAAA